AUGACACAAAAGGUCCCAGAGCCUCUCGUCACGAUCUCUCAAAAAUCAGUUACCAACGAGCUUCAUGGCUCCGAAAUUGUGGACAGGACUCUGAUCAAGAGAUUCUGGCAAGCCUUUUUCAUAUCCCGACAGACAAGCAAGAAAGAGGUUGACCGCCGACUGGAAUAUCUGUUUUGGAGAAUUUGGAGCAGUGAGGACCUUCUCGACCAUACCAAUAUCCAUUACUUGGACAGUUUGGUCUCGCGUAUUAUGGCAUCUGAGCCCCUCAACUCAGAUAAAGAUGGUCUCAAAUUCCCAUCACCAAGUUCUGGAGCCAUGCGUACCUACACUUCUCCACGAGCCGUUCCUCAAGCAGAGGCAGAGAGCCCCGGUCAAUCGAAGUCUGCUCCUCACACUGAGAUCCCUGGCUCACUUCACCCCAUCCUCAAGAAGCCCAAUACUGCCCCUGGUGAGGUCCAUAAAACGACGCGCCUGCUCCUUGAGCGGCCUGAUGGUGAACGUGUUACCCUCAACCCAUCUUACCCACCCACUCCUAUCGAGGUAACUCACCCUAAAGAUGUUACGACCCCGCAAAAGGCUCCAAAGAAAGCAACACACCUCACAACAAACCGUGCAAUUCGAGGUGCAAGACGUCGCCCGGUAUUCACUCGUCGCAAGUCGUCGCAAACAUCAGUCUCCAAGACCUCUGUAUCACCACGAGGGCGUCAGCCGGAGACCAAGCAUGACGAUUCCGCGGAGCCACUAUUCAGCGUGGACGAUGAUCUACACACAGAACAGAAUUUCCCGAAAGGAAGCGAUCCCAAGAUUAGCAGAGACGCAACUUGGACAGAUGUCGGCCAUGUCUCCUUCGAUCUGUCGUCACCAACCAUCGCUCCCGCAACAACAUCAACAAUAAUACCCGAUGAGAUCAGUAUGCCGAAGCCUGAAUUAGCACCGGCCGUUCUCGAAAUAACAGACAAACAAGACCCCAUCCUGCCCCAAGGAAUAGAAACGGUUAGUGUCGAAAUUCACACGCAGGAACCCGCCAGCAAGCCGAAUGCUGAACCCUUGGAUCACAGUUUAUAUGACAAACCAGCGAUUUUCAAUACCAAUAAUAUCAGCCCAGCAACUCAAACACCUUUACUUGGAUUCCCAGAGUCCGACCGCAUUCAAAUGCCCGAACAAUUGAUGAGAAGUCUGAUUCAUAUCAUCACCGACGCGAGACCUGAUGAGAAAUACCCUCCGGCGCCAACCCACUCAUUCGACCUCGCCGAUCGUCCGUGUCAGCCUUCUCCCAAUUACUCUUUUGAGUACAUGUUGCAAGGUGCGGAGGCUUCAAGUUCUAAUCCUCAGCCCGGACGCAGCAGAUUGGUGAUGAAGGGGUUCCGAAAACACUGGACCGAGGUUAUUGAAGAAGCUAAUCAGAUCACCAGAGACGACGAGGUAGCUGGGAUCCAGACCCUCCGGGAAACAUCUGCAUGUGCCCCAGUUCCCGCCGAUGUUGACGAAGAUCCACCUACAGUGGAGGAAGUGAACGAAGAAUGUCCAUAUGAGAUCCCUGAUUCGAAUCUGGUGCCAUUGGCUUCGCAAUUAUCUCGACAUGUCAUUCAAUAG